GUCAAAAACUUUCUUGACAGUUCAUAAAGUUUGAGCAAUUUCAGAUAAACGCCUUUGGGUCGCCACAAGAUAGAAGUCCAAGGUUCAAACAAAUUUCAAUUUUAUUAUUCAAUAAAAUUUAAAUAAGAAUGUUUCCUUUGAGGCAACUGGCCAGGCAUGCUACCAGGGUUUUGCCAGCAUGCCGGCCUAUGUCAGCAUCAGCUGGCCCGAUGGUGGAUGUGGCUGACGACGGGGGUAUCGCUGUGAUGACGCUACAGCGAGCACCGGUCAACAGCCUCAACCUGGACCUACUGCAAGCCAUGAGUAAAGCACUUGACGAUGUGGCCAAAAACAAACCCAGAGGCAUGAUUUUGACUUCAGCAUCUCCAACAGUAUUUUCAGCAGGUCUGGACAUUAUGGAGAUGUACAAACCUGAUUUAAAAAGGGCAGAGCAGUUUUGGACAACUCUACAAGAAGUAUGGAUUAAGCUGUUUGGUUUCAAGUUUGCCACUGCUGCUGCUAUUAAUGGCCACGCUCCAGCCGGAGGUUGUCUCUUAGCCAUGUCCUGCGAGUACCGAGCCAUGGUGAGCGGCAAGUACACCAUAGGGCUAAACGAGACGGCCCUGGGCAUCGUGGCCCCACUCUGGUUCAUGGAUACUAUGUGCCACACCAUUCGGACGAGGGAUGCUGAGCUGGCUCUUACGACAGCCAAGCUAUUUACUGUAGAGGAGGCUUUGAAGGUUGGUAUGAUUGACGAGGCAGCUUCUGACAAAGCUGAUGCCAUAGACAAAUGCAAGAAAUUCAUCAAGAAGUUCGACAGGACCCCACCGCUAGCCCGCACAAUGACUAAGCUCAAAAUCAGGCAGAGACCGCUAACCCACAUGCAGAAGAUCCGACAGGCAGACACGCAGGAGUUCCUUGCUUUCCUGCAGAACCCGCAGGUGCAGCAGUCGUUGGAAAUGUACAUCCAGAGCUUGAAGGCGAAGGCCAAGUAAAUAUUUAGAACAUAGAAUUUUGUUAAGUAGUAAAUUUAUCUAUCAUAGCUACCUAACCUUUGUUGCGUUUGCGCAACAUUUUAUUCUAUUAUGUGUCUUUUGAGUUACUGAUUUUAUUCUGGUUUUACAUGAGUUACAGUUAAUAGUUAUGAAGAUGCCUUUAGAAAUAUCUUUAUUAAGAAUUUUAAUAUGGUACCUUUUAACGAAAGUGUUACAUUUCUCUACUGCCAAUAUCUUUAUUUACAAAAUUUUUAGCCCCAGUGUGUCUGAUAGUAUGAUAAGUAAUACAAAUUUGUAAAGACUAAAAAAGGCACUUUUGUGCGUAUUCUAUAGGAUAAAAUAUAUAAAUGUUAUAAAUCAGAUAAUUUUUAUAAAAAUGUAUUUUUGAUUAGUGAGAGUUUUAAAACGUUAAAAUAUGUAACUUUUUAAGUGUGUCUCUGAUUGUCUGUAUGUAUGAACUUAAUUAUUGUAUAGCUCUGCGGGCGUCGGACACUAGUGUGAUAAACCUUAUGGCUUCAGUAUGUCCCUUACAAAUAGUGCGAAAAAGACUGCCUGACGUGAUAUGCUUUCCCACCUGGCAGGCAAGCACGUUCGCGUGAUAAACGAUAUAACGUUUGAUCCUCCUUUUCGCACUAUUUGUAAGUGUGAUAGGGAUGCACCGAUAUAAUGCAAUGCCAUAAAGUUUAUCAACUAGUGUGCUACGCCAGCUAGUUUCCUUAGAUAAUAGUGUCGUCAUGUAGCAGCCGUAUCCAUACUUCGUACUAGUGGGUAGGUACUCACCAUAUGACGGCACAUACAUCUAGGAAACUUGAGCAUAUGGCGCCGGUUUCAAUCGCUUCUCACCAUUUUACACACCUACAUACAUCAUGUAAUUAUUUUAAUAUAAUUUGUUCAAAACAA